AUGUGGGUUCUGUUGAAGGACUUGCCUAUCACAGAGCCUGGGAUACACUCUACUGGACCAGCUCUACCACCUCAUCCAUCACCAGGCACACAGUGGACCAGACCCGACCUGGAGCAUUUGACCGAGAAGCAGUCAUAACCAUGUCAGAGGAUGACCACCCCCAUGUGCUAGCCUUGGAUGAAUGCCAAAACUUAAUGUUUUGGACUAACUGGAACGAACAGCAUCCAAGCAUCAUGAGAUCUACGCUGACUGGGAAAAAUGCACAAGUGGUGGUCAGUACAGACAUUCUCACGCCAAAUGGACUCACGAUCGACCACCGGGCAGAGAAGCUAUAUUUCUCAGAUGGCAGUUUGGGAAAAAUUGAAAGGUGUGAAUAUGAUGGAUCACAAAGAUAUGUGAUUGUCAAAUCUGGGCCAGGAACUUUCCUUAGUCUGGCAGUUUAUGACAAUUACAUCUUCUGGUCAGAUUGGGGCAGAAGGACUAUCUUGCGUUCCAACAAGUAUACAGGAGGAGAUACAAAAAUUCUUCGUUCUGAUAUUCCACAUCAACCAAUGGGAAUCAUAGCAGUUGCCAAUGAUACCAACAGCUGUGAACUUUCUCCAUGUGCAUUAUUGAAUGGAGGUUGCCAUGACCUCUGCCUUUUAACUCCUGAUGGGAGAGUGAAUUGUUCCUGCAGGGACCGAAUAUUGCUAGAUGACAACAGAUGUGUGACUAAAAAUUCCUCCUGCAAUGUGUAUUCAGAAUUUGAGUGCGGAAAUGGUGAAUGCAUUGACUAUCAACUCACCUGUGAUGGAAUUCCUCAUUGUAAGGACAAAUCGGACGAAAAACUGCUCUACUGUGAAAACAGAAGCUGUCGAAGAGGUUUCAAGCCUUGCUACAGUCGUCGGUGCAUUCCUCAUGGCAAGCUAUGUGAUGGUGAAAACGAUUGUGGGGACAACUCUGAUGAGAUAGACUGCAAAGUUUCAACCUGUGCCACUGUUGAGUUCCGCUGUGCAGAUGGGACUUGUAUUCCAAGAUCAGCACAAUGCAACCAGAACAUAGACUGUGCAGAUGCUUCUGAUGAAAAGAGCUGCAAUAAUACAGACUGCACACAUUUCUAUAAACUUGGCGUGAAAACCACGGGGUUCAUAAAAUGUAAUUCCACCUCGCUGUGUGUACUGCCAACCUGGAUAUGUGAUGGGUCUAAUGACUGUGGAGAUUAUUCAGAUGAAUUAAAGUGCCCAGUUCAAAACAAACACAAAUGUGAAGAAAAUUAUUUUGGUUGUCCUAGUGGAAGAUGCAUUUUGAACACCUGGAUGUGUGAUGGUCAGAAAGAUUGUGAGGAUGGGCUUGAUGAAUUCCACUGUGAUUCUUCUUGCUCUUGGAAUCAAUUUGCUUGUUCUUCACAAAAGUGUAUUUCUAAACAUUGGAUUUGUGAUGGAGAGGAUGAUUGUGGGGAUGGAUUAGAUGAAAGUGAUAGCAUUUGUGGUGCCAUCACCUGUGCUACUGACAUGUUCAGCUGCCAGGGCUCCCAUGCCUGUGUGCCUCGACACUGGUUAUGUGAUGGUGAGAGGGACUGUCCCAAUGGAAGUGACGAGCUCUCCACAGCAGGCUGCGCUCCCAAUAAUACAUGUGAUGACAGUGCUUUCAUGUGCCAUAAUAAGUUGUGCAUUCCCAAGCAGUUUGUUUGCGACCAUGAUGAUGACUGUGGUGAUGGCUCAGAUGAGUCCCUGCAAUGUGGAUACCGCCAGUGCAGUGCAGAAGAAUUUCGUUGUGCUGAUGGACGAUGUCUUUUAAAUUCUCAGUGGCAAUGUGAUGGAGACUUUGACUGCCCUGACCAUUCUGACGAAGCACCUUUAAACCCAAAGUGUAAAAGUGCAGAACAGUCAUGCAACAGUUCAUUUUUUAUGUGCAAAAAUGGCAGGUGCAUUCCCAGUGGAGGUCUUUGCGACAAUAAGGAUGACUGUGCUGAUGGCUCAGAUGAGAGAAACUGCCAUAUAAAUGAAUGUUUGAGUAAGAAAGUCAGUGGAUGUUCUCAAGAUUGUCAGGAUCUGCCAGUCAGUUACAAGUGCAAGUGCUGGCCUGGAUUCCAACUGAAGGAUGAUGGUAAAACAUGUGUAGACAUUGAUGAAUGCUCUUCAGGCUUUCCUUGUAGCCAGCAAUGCAUCAAUACAUAUGGGACCUACAAGUGCCUCUGUGUAGAUGGGUAUGAAAUACAACCUGAUAACCCAAAUGGCUGCAAAUCACUCUCAGAUGAAGAAGCUUUUCUCAUUCUUGCUGAUCAUCAUGAGAUAAGAAAAAUUAGCACUGAUGGCUCCAACUACACACUUUUAAAACAGGGUUUAAACAAUGUCAUUGCUAUCGACUUUGAUUACAGAGAAGAAUUCAUCUAUUGGAUUGAUUCUAGCAGACCCAAUGGAAGUCUCAUAAAUAGAAUGUGUUUAAAUGGAAGUGACAUUAAGGUAGUGCAUAACACAGCUGUCCCCAAUGCACUUGCUGUCGAUUGGAUUGGAAAAAACCUGUAUUGGUCUGACACAGAAAAAAGGAUAAUUGAAGUAUCUAAACUCAAUGGCUUGUACCCUACUAUACUCGUUAGCAAAAGACUGAAGUUUCCCAGGGACCUGUCUUUAGAUCCUCGAGCUGGGUAUUUGUAUUGGAUUGACUGCUGUGAAUAUCCUCACAUUGGCCGUGUCGGAAUGGAUGGAACCAAUCAGAGUGUUGUCAUAGAAACCAAGAUUUCUAGACCUAUGGCAUUAACAAUAGAUUAUGUCAACCAUAGACUCUACUGGGCUGAUGAAAAUCACAUUGAAUUUAGCAACAUGGAUGGAACCCAUAGACAUAAAGUCCCUAAUCAAGAUAUUCCAGGGGUGAUUGCACUAACAUUGUUUGAAGACUACAUCUACUGGACUGAUGGGAAAACCAAGUCACUCAGCCGUGCCCAUAAAACCUCGGGAGCAGACAGACUCUCACUGAUUAACUCAUGGCAUGCCAUCACAGAUAUCCAGGUGUAUCAUUCUUAUAGACAACCUGAUGUCACCAAACAUCUCUGCAUGGUAAAUAAUGGUGGCUGCAGUCAUUUGUGCCUUUUAGCCCCUGGAAAGACUCACACCUGUGCAUGCCCCACCAACUUCUAUCUUGCAGCUGAUAACAGGACUUGUCUAUCUAACUGUACAGCCAGCCAGUUUCGUUGUAAAACUGAUAAAUGCAUCCCGUUCUGGUGGAAAUGUGACACUGUGGAUGACUGUGGUGAUGGAUCUGAUGAACCAGACGAUUGCCCUGAAUUUAAAUGUCAACCAGGCCGAUUUCAGUGUGGAACUGGACUCUGUGCUCUGCCUGCUUUCAUCUGUGAUGGGGAGAAUGAUUGUGGAGACAAUUCUGAUGAACUCAACUGUGACACACAUGUCUGCCUGUCAGGUCAAUUCAAGUGUACUAAGAACCAGAAAUGUAUCCCAGUAAACCUCAGAUGCAAUGGACAAGAUGACUGUGGCGAUGAAGAGGAUGAAAGGGACUGUCCUGAAAACAGCUGUUCUCCAGAUUAUUUCCAGUGUAAAACCACCAAACAUUGUAUUUCCAAGUUGUGGGUUUGUGAUGAAGAUCCAGACUGUGCAGAUGCAUCUGAUGAAGCCAACUGUGAUAAAAAGACUUGUGGACCUCAUGAAUUCCAGUGUAAAAACAACAACUGUAUUCCAGAUCACUGGCGGUGUGAUAGCCAGAAUGACUGUAGUGAUAAUUCUGAUGAAGAAAAUUGUAAACCACAGACCUGUACACUGAAAGAUUUUCUCUGUGCCAAUGGUGACUGUGUUUCUUCAAGGUUCUGGUGUGAUGGAGAUUUUGACUGUGCAGAUGGUUCUGAUGAGAGAAAUUGUGAAACAAGUUGUUCCAAAGAUCAGUUCCAGUGUUCCAAUGGUCAGUGUAUAUCAGCAAAAUGGAAAUGUGAUGGUCAUGAAGAUUGUAAAUAUGGGGAAGAUGAGAAAAACUGUGAGCCAGCUUCUCCUGCUUGCUCCGCAAGUGAAUAUAUAUGUGCCAGCAGAGGAUGUAUUUCAGCAUCUUUAAAAUGUAAUGGAGAAUAUGAUUGUGCUGAUGGCUCCGAUGAGAUGGACUGUGUGAAUGAAUGUAAGGAAGAUCAGUUUCGAUGUAAAAAUAAAGCUUACUGUAUACCAAGGAGAUGGCUGUGUGAUGGAAUUCAUGAUUGUGUAGAUGGCAGUGAUGAAGAGAACUGUGACAGAGGCGGAAAUAUAUGUACAGCUGAUGAAUUCCUUUGCAAUAAUUCCCUUUGCAAACUGCACUUCUGGGUGUGCGAUGGAGCAGACGACUGUGGAGACAAUUCUGAUGAAGCCCCUGAUCUGUGUGUCAAAUUUCUUUGCCCACCCACAAGACCUCACAGAUGCAGAAAUAAUAGAAUCUGCCUGCAAUCUGAGAAGCUGUGCAAUGGGAUUGAUGACUGUGGUGACAACUCAGAUGAAGAUCACUGUAGUGGUAAGCUUAUAUAUAAAUCAAAGCCUUGUAAGAAGGACGAAUUUGCUUGCAGUAACAAAAGGUGCAUCCCCAUGGACCUGCAGUGCGAUGGGUUUGAUGAUUGUGGAGAUGGUUCAGAUGAGCAAGGCUGUGGAAAGACUCCCACUGAAUAUACCUGUGAAGAUAAUGUGAAUCCAUGUGGAGAUGAUGCAUAUUGUAAUCAAAUGAAAACAUCUGUUUUCUGUCGCUGUAAGCCUGGAUUUCAGAGAAACAUGAAAAACAGACAGUGCGAAGAUCUUAAUGAAUGUUUGGUGUUUGGCACAUGUUCCCAUCAAUGUAUAAAUAUGGAAGGAUCAUAUAAAUGUGUGUGUGAUCAGAAUUUUCAGGAAAGAAAUAAUACCUGUAUAGCAAAAGGCUCUGAAGAUCAAGUUCUCUACAUUGCUAAUGACACUGAUAUCCUGGGUUUUAUAUAUCCAUUCAACUACAGUGGCGAUCAUCAACAAAUUUCUCAUAUUGAACAUAAUUCAAGGAUAACAGGGAUGGAUGUAUAUUAUCAAAGAGAUAUGAUUAUUUGGAGUACUCAGUUUAAUCCAGGAGGAAUUUUCUACAAAAAGAUCCAAAGCAGAGAAAAAAGGCAAGCGAACAGUGGCUUGAUUUGUCCUGAAUUUAAAAGACCCCGGGACAUUGCUGUUGACUGGGUUGCUGGAAAUAUUUACUGGACUGAUCAUUCUAGAAUGCACUGGUUCAGUUACUAUACCACUCACUGGACCAGUUUGAGGUACUCUAUCAAUGUAGGACAGCUGAAUGGCCCCAACUGUACCAGACUUUUAACAAACAUGGCUGGAGAACCCUAUGCUAUUGCCGUGCAUCCUAAAAGAGGGAUGAUGUACUGGACUGUCAUUGGAGACCACUCCCACAUAGAGGAAGCAGCCAUGGAUGGUACUCUGAGAAGGAUUUUAGUACAAAAGAACUUGCAGAGACCCACAGGUCUGGCUGUGGAUCAUUUUAGUGAGCGCAUAUACUGGGCUGACUUUGAGCUGUCUGUUAUUGGCAGUGUUCUGUAUGAUGGCUCUGAUUCAGUAGUCUCUGUCAGCAGUAAACAAGGUUUACUACAUCCACAUAGGAUUGAUAUCUUUGAAGAUUAUGUAUAUGGAGCAGGACCUAAAAAUGGUGUAUUUAAAGUACAAAAAUUUGGAUAUGGCUCAGUUGAGUACUUAGCUUUAGAUGUUGAUAAAACAAAAGGGGUUUUGAUAUCUCACCGAUAUAAACAACUGGACUUACCCAAUCCUUGCUUGGAUUUAGAAUGUGAAUUUCUCUGCUUGCUGAAUCCUUCUGGGGGUACAUGUGUCUGUCCAGAAGGAAAAUAUUUAAUUAAUGGAACCUGCAAUGAUGACAUCCUAUUAGAUGAUUCCUGCAAACUGACUUGUGAAAAUGGAGGGAGAUGCAUUUUAAAUGAGAAGGGUGAUUUGAGGUGUCACUGUUGGCCAAGUUAUUCAGGAGAAAGAUGUGAAGUCAACCACUGUAGUAACUACUGUCAAAAUGGAGGAACUUGCACACCAUCAAUUCUGGGAAGACCCGCCUGUAUCUGUGCACUAGGGUUUACUGGGCCAAACUGUGGUAAGACAGUGUGUGAGGAUUUUUGUCAAAAUGGAGGGACCUGCAUUGUGACUGCUGGGAACCAGCCGUACUGCCACUGCCUGGCUGACUACACUGGAGACCGAUGUCAGUACUAUGUUUGUCACCAGUACUGUGUGAAUUCUGAAUCAUGUUCCAUUGGGGAUGAUGGAAGUGUUGAAUGUGUCUGUCCAACACGCUACGAAGGACCAAAAUGUGAGGUUGACAAAUGUAUCAGGUGCCAUGGAGGGCACUGCAUUAUAAAUAAAGACAAUGAAGAUAUAUUUUGCAACUGCACUAAUGGAAAGAUAGCUUCUAGCUGUCAGUUAUGUGAUGGCUACUGUUACAAUGGGGGCACAUGCCAGCUGGACCCUGAGACAAAUGUACCUGUGUGUCUAUGCUCCACCAACUGGUCAGGCACACAGUGUGAGAGGCCAGCCCCAAAGAGCAGCAAGUCUGAUCAUAUCAGCACAAGAAGCAUUGCCAUCAUUGUGCCUCUGGUCCUGUUGGUGACUUUAAUAACCACACUAGUAAUUGGUUUAGUGCUUUGUAAAAGGAAAAGAAGGACAAAAACAAUUAGAAGACAACCCAUUAUCAAUGGAGGAAUAAAUGUAGAAAUUGGCAAUCCAUCCUACAACAUGUAUGAGGUGGAUCAUGAUCACAAUGAUGGAGGUCUUUUAGAUCCUGGAUUUAUGGUAGACACAAUGAAGGCCAGGUAUAUAGGGGGAGGGCCCAGUGCUUUCAAGCUUCCCCACACAGCGCCACCCAUCUACCUAAACUCUGAUUUGAAAGGACCACUAACUGCUGGGCCAACAAAUUACUCCAACCCAGUAUAUGCAAAGUUGUAUAUGGAUGGGCAAAACUGUCGAAACUCCUUAGGAAGUGUUGAUGAAAGAAAAGAACUGCUUCCAAAGAAAAUAGAAAUUGGUAUAAGAGAGACAGUGGCAUAA